UCAGCGUCUCCGGCGCGUUGCAUUUUGGCGUGCUCGUGUACGCAUGUUUUCCUCUUCGUCCUCGUCGCAAAACGUGCGGCGCGCGAACGCCUUUGCCCUCCCGGGUUCGUUCGAGGUCCGCCGGCAAGCAGCAGCAGCUUCGCGAGCUCACCACUACGGGUGUUUCGCUACGAAAUCCGCGUUAGCCCCGGCUUUCGCGUCGGUGGCGCAGACGGCGUUCGAAGGCCGUUGACGGCGUUCUGUUGGUGUUUGUGUUUGUUCGAGGCCCCGAGCUCGAAGAUGCCGAGCGUCAAGGAGUGCAACAAUGACAGCGAGGGAGAAGAGAUGGACCAGGAGACGCCCGAGAGCGAGAAAACGAGCAACGAGGAGUCCGAUUCCUCCUCCGGAUCUGAAGAUGACAGCUCGGAGAUGGACGAGGAAGAUUGCGAGAGGAGGCGAACGGAGUGCAUUGACGACAUGGCUGACCUCGAGCGACAGUUCAUGCACCUCAAGGAACAGCUCUACCUCGAGCGAGCAAACCAAGUCGAAGCGAAACUUGAAGAGGUAAAACUGGGCCGCGCACCUGAAUACCUGCAGCCGCUUGAAGACCUCCAGGACAACAUGAGGAUACGGAUAGAGGUCGCAGGUAUUCUGAAGGAAAUGAAGUUGAGAAACAUCAAGCGAAAGUAUGAAGCUGAAGAAAUCGCGGCAUUUCAAAAUUUUGAGAGCGAACGAGCUUUGUUGCAAGACUCCAUCCGGUGCGAGCUCGAGGAGAAAAUCAGGCGGCUUGAGGAAGACCGCAACAGCAUUGACAUCACUUCAGAUUUGUGGAGCGAGCAGGUCACCCACAAGAAGAGCCGGCGCAAGACUGAUUCGAUGACGACCGACCGGCGGAAGAAGCCCGUCACCGUCUCUGGACCCUACAUCGUGUACAUGCUGCGGGAAAACGAGAUUCUCGAAGACUGGACGGCCAUAAGGAAAGCAUUGAAGACGGCGAGGCAGAAGAAUGAUUUGCUUGUGUGACCAACAACUGCCUUUGGAACAUUGAAACAACGCCUCGGGAUGUUCGUAUUGUACAUAGAAAUCUGGACGUUUUGUGACGGCUCAAGUCAUCAGACCCGCAGAAGCUCAGGGACGCAUCUCGUUUCCGAAUGAGCAUUUAUCACUGUACAGGGCUUUCAGCCUGGAUGCUUUUGUUUUUCACUUUGUGUCUUUUGGGCUGCAUGGCUUUUGCAUUUUUUUAGUACAGUUCUUAAGACGUGUGAAGUACUUAAACUGCCCUGCUUUGUCAUGCCACGAACCCGCAUGGCCCAGCAAUUUUCGAGCCAUUUCAUGGACUGUUCGGUGUGCAGCUUGAAAGCCUUUUUUUUUUUAAAUAAACGCUGCUUGCACAUCAUGUUGACUUGUAAAUAAACAUUGUUUACCAACAACA